UAGUUACCUUUCUUGCUGUGUUAUGGAGAUUAGCGAAACAAAAUGCCAGUUAUCACCUCUUGCUGUGGGAAGGAAUGGCAGGUUUAAGAGUAGUAGAUGUAGGGAUUCAGUUUCUGACCAUUCUAGAAGACGUAGGAAACAUGAAGUUAUGGAUCAAAAAGAUAUCGGAGAUUCGGUAUCGGAUACCACCAAUGAGCAGGAUAUAUCGGUUUCGGAUUCUGAAAGUGGCGUCUUUGGUUCCACCUCCACCGUUCCGGAAUUCGAAUCCUUCGCAGGAAAUGGACUGAUCAAGUUGGAAGAAGGAGAUAAAGAGCACGACAUUAUCAAGAAUAAAUUCAUAUUGGGUUUGGGAUCUCUUGGAAGACAUACUAAGGUUGUCUCUGUACACAAGAAUUUGUUCUCUAGUUUUCACAGAAAAGCUCGACUUCAAUCGUUCAAGAUCUUCUCGGAAGCGAUGUCUCUGAAAUGCAAUGGCAAUGCUAAUAUUAAAUAUGGUUGGUAUGGAACUUCGAGGAAUGGAGUUCAUAGGAUCGUUUCCGAUGGAUUUGAUCAUUUUGGAAACUCUGAGAACAGCAGAUUGGAUGACUGUGGUCUUUAUCUUUCUCCGGAGAAUUCUUCUAUUGAGAGUGCGAUGGCCUCUGUUCUAGAUGAAAGUGGUUUGCGACAUGUGAUUCUUUGUCGUGUGAUCUUGGGAAAUAUGGAGGAAAUCCAUCCUGGUUCUGAGCAGUUCCAUCCUAGUUCUGAGGAGUUUGACUCUGGAGUCGAUAAUCUGUCGGCUCCGAAGAGAUAUAUCAUUUGGAGUACACACAUGAACAGUCAUAUCUUGCCUGAAUACGUCAUAAGUUUCAGGGCUCCUCCUUGCUUGAAAGGUUUUCAAAGGACACAAGAGCAUGUGGUAAAACCCACAUCUGCUUGGAUGCCAUUUCCGAAUUUAAUAUCUGUACUUUCGAGGUUCUUGCCUCCCACUUCCGUUGCUUUCAUUGAGAAGUAUCACAACGAAUACCGAGAGAAGAAGAUCACUCGGCAGCAUCUGAUACAGCGAGUGAGGCAAAUAGCUGGAGACAAAUUGCUUGUUUCAGUAAUCAAAACUUGCAGAAACAAGCAAUUCAAAGCAAGAGGAGGCUGUUCACCAAGCAGGAGCUCAAAGUAAUGCGGAAGACACUUGGAAUACACAUGAAACAUGGCUGGUUGUUGUUAUAUCAAUACAAACAAUUUUUUUGGAAGAGGAAAGAAAAGGCAGCUACAUGUACAGCCAAAUGAAAUGAUCUAUAGGUUUUGAGUUUUGACUAAACAGCUAACAAACAACAGCUUAAGGAAGCAGGUGCCUUAGUGGGCAUUCUACUCCGACUUGUUCUGAAGAUGUAAUGGGGGCUGUGGUGGGGAAAUUUUUUUUUUUUUUCUUCCUUUUGACAUAAAUGCAGUGCUGAUGCCCGAGUGGCAUUUCACUGCAUCUUGUUCCAAAGAUGUAGCAGAAGUGGUGGUGUUUGUCUAUUGGGGAUUUUCUGUUAUGUCAAAUCUCUCCAUUUGGAGGUUUUUUACACCAAGAAAUGAAUUGUUUCCAGAGUAA